GAGCCACUGUGCCCUUUUGAUCAUUUCAGUCUCUACUUGGCACAAUAGUGCUGAUUGGCUGAAAGGCUAAGAAGGGGGGAAAAGGCUUUAAUUAAGCAGAUAAUCUCGGUUUGGGAUGAGAGCAGAUCCAUUUCAGAGGCUGCCUGUAGCUUAUAUAGAAUCUGCUGCGCCUGAUUCCGUUUUCUAGGCUAACAUCUGGCUUUAACGGCGCGCUCGCAGGAUGUUCAUCCAUUUGGACGUUUAUUAUUACAUUUUCAUUUUGAUGGUUCACAUGAAAUCUUGCUGCAGUUGGUCAGUGAAUAAUUUCCUGAUGACUGGGCCAAAAGCUUACCUGAUCUAUUCCAGUAGCGUAGCUGCAGGAGCUCAGAGUGGGAUUGAAGAAUGCAAGUAUCAGUUUGCGUGGGAGCGCUGGAACUGUCCAGAACGAGCCCUUCAGCUUUCCACACACAGCGGACUCAGGAGUGCAACCCGGGAGACAGCUUUUGUUCAUGCCAUCAGUUCUGCUGGGGUUAUGUACACUCUCACAAGGAACUGCAGCCUGGGAGACUUUGAUAAUUGUGGCUGUGAUGACACCAGGAAUGGUCAACGAGGUGGUCAAGGCUGGCUGUGGGGAGGCUGCAGUGAUAAUGUGGGCUUUGGAGAGGCCAUCUCCAAACAGUUUGUGGAUGCAUUAGAAACUGGGCAAGAUGCGCGUGCUGCCAUGAACCUGCACAACAACGAAGCUGGACGAAAGGCUGUGAAAGGGACCAUGCAAAGGACGUGUAAAUGCCAUGGCGUAUCUGGCAGCUGUACCACUCAGACCUGCUGGCUUCAGCUGCCUGAGUUUCGAGAAGUGGGCAACUACCUGAAAGAGAAGUACCACCGGGCUAUUAAAGUGGACCUCCUGCGUGGUGCAGGCAACAGUGCUGCCAGUCGUGGGGCUGUCGCUGAGACCUUCAGCUCCAUAUCUCGUAAGGAGCUGGUGCACCUGGAGGAUUCUCCUGAUUACUGUGUUGAGAACCGUACGCUAGGCCUACCAGGCACUGAAGGCCGUGAGUGCUUAAAAAAGGGCAAGAAUCUGAGUAAGUGGGAGAAACGUAGCUGCAAGCGGCUAUGCAGUGACUGUGGCCUGGCUGUGGAGGAGCGCAGGGCAGAGACUGUAUCCAGUUGUAACUGCAAGUUCCACUGGUGUUGUGCAGUAAAAUGUGAGCAGUGCCGUAAGACUGUCAUCAAGUACUACUGUGUGAGAGCUAAACAGGUCAAGAAUGAUAGCGCAAGUCGAAGAAAAAGCCUUCGUCUAAAGAAGAAGCACUAAUGUUGACUUUAAGGCUUGAAAAUGACACAUUGUAAUCCUUAAUAUAUUCAACCUUGCAAUUUUGACAGUGCAUCAGAAAAUAAAAACACUGACACUGAAAAAGAAAUCAUAUACAAACAAAUAUAUGAUUAAAAUCUAGAAAAAAAUAAUCGUAAAAUAUCACGUUAGGCAUUGCUAUCAAUACGGAAACAUCUCACACACACACACACGCACGCACGCACACACACACACACACACACACACACACACACACACACACACACACACACACACACACACACACACACACACACACACACGCACACGCACAUAUUGGCUGAUAUGUAUUCAAAGAUGUAUUCAAAAUAUACCCAGUCACUUCAGCUUGCAUUUAUAAGCUAGCACUGACAACUGUAUUUAACCAUAAAAUAGGGUUCAGUAGAAUAUGAAUAAGACAUUUUUUAAAAUAGUGUCUCCCAGCAUUCCAGCAACACAAAUUUGUGUCUCUGUAUUCUUUCUAUUAUAAUACAUCUGAAAAAAAAAAAAAAACUACCGUGUUCUGAAUUGGGGAUAAUAAUCAUACUCUCUGUAAAUGAACUGUAAAUAAGAUGAAGCACUUUGUAUAUUGUUAAUUUAUUUCAUGUAGUGGUGUUUUGUUGGAUAGAUCUUUUUUUAUUUUGUAUUUCGUCCCACAUUCUUUUAUGAUUAAAAAUAUGUAAUGUGCCCUUUAAUAGCUCAUUUUUUCUGUAUUUGGUAAGUAUGUGUUUUACGAAUAGAAACUGCACUCUUGUGUAUUGUCACUAUAAGUGGUUCGAAAUGAUUAUGGGUAAUCUGAUUAUUUUAUUAUAAAUGUUGAACCUGCAUGAACAUAUCAAAUGAAAUAUACUGCAUAUAAAUCCAGUGUGUAUACUUCUAUGAACUCCUGCUUAUUUUAAAGAGUACUUAUAUACUAACUGUAGAUUGUUUGCCAGGAUUGUAAAUUUUUAAGCAUGUCAUAUAGAUUUGCUAAUUCUUUUUUGUAUUUAGUGUCAGAUAACCCUGGGGCACAGAAACAAUAAGCAAAGAGUUUUAAUUAUAGUCUUCCUUCCUUCACGCCUCUCUCAAUUUCUUCUUUUCAAAUGCCCUUUUUUCUAUCUAAGUAAUCCUCAAAGAACUCCCAACGCCUUGGCACUUGGAUGUUUCUUUACUGUUUAAUACUGGUUUAAUUAACUUUGUGGAGACAGAGGGAAAACAUGGACCAAGUCGCCCCUCAAAUUAUCUUGCCUCUAAUUUUGUAUGCUAAUCUCCUUUUCACGCCAUCAUCUUGGGGAAAAAAAUGUUGGGAAACUUCAUGUGGCCUGUAUUGGGCUUCCUGUGGAUGUUUUAUUCCAAGCCCACCUAUUUGGCUCUUUUCACUCCUCUAGGGCCUUCCUUUGCUCGAUUUAACAAUGAAUGGCGAGCUAAUCAGCUCCCUCGGUAAUGCACCACUGCUGAAGAAGCUAAUCCCCCUCUCCUCCUCCUUCAAUAGCCUGUCGCCUUCAAAGGGACUUUGGGAAAAGGCUUUGCAUGGAUUCACACUAUUUGAUGAAUAGAAGUUAGUUCAAGUAUUGUACCUAGACAAGGAGGGUUCAUAAACAAAUACUUGCCAGCUUCCAUCCCACCUGCAGAAGUGCCAGCCCUACUGUAGCAUGCAGCGACAAAACUAAGACCCAGCAAAAGUGAUAUCCUAUUAAAACAGCUAAUUAAAUCUGCACCAAGUGAUGCAUUAAUAGUCUUGCAAGCAUAGACUGCUUUACU